AUGAUUCAAUGGAAGAAGUUUCCCUUCUUUGACAAAGAGUUAGUCAAAGAAGAAGGUUCACAAAAUCCAAACAGUGUUAUACAGAAAUUGCCUAUUUCAUGUACAACAAGUGGUCGUGGUAUUUUAAUUAUAGGUGAUACAGAAGGAUUUAUCAAUUUCUUUGAUCGUGAAUUCAGAUUAUCAUCAUCGUUUCAUGCCUACAAUGAAAUGGUAAAUCAACUCUAUCAGUUGAAGGAACGUAACUUUCUCAUUUCGAUUGGACAUGAUGAGCCGGGUGCAAACCCAAUCCUAAAGAUUUGGAAUCUUGAUAAAAUGGAUAAGAAUGAUGUACCUCUUUGUGUUAGAGCAAUAAAGAUUGAAAAAAUGGUAACAAUUACAUCAUUAGUAUGUUUAGAAGAUCUAUCACAAAUAGCUGUUGGUUUAGCAAAUGGAGAGGUCAUUGCUAUGAAAGGAGAUGUAUUUAGAGACAAGGUUAUUAAACAAAAGACAAUGAAACAUCCCGGUGAGUCACCUGUGACCGGUAUGGGAUUCAUAACUAAAGGAGUACCAUCACCGGUGUUGUUUGUUGUGACGACCACUCAUGUCUAUAGCUACAUUCGUGAGCAAGAGUAUUGUAUCGACGAGGAGGGUGGUGAUAUAGGUAACUUUGUGAUGUCCGACGAUCAGACACCGAUCAUCGCUAGACCGGACGCUAUCUACUUUUACAAUACCGACGGUAGAGGUCCGUGCUUUGGAUUCGGUGGUACCAAGAACAAGCUGCUAUGGUUCCGUUCCUAUCUUGUGGUGGUCGGUCACGAAGCGUCGAUCAGCAGUUCUGCGGGUGGUGGAAGUGGCGGUACCGCAUCCGGUAACUCUGGCAUCGGCUACUUGUCACCCUCGAACAUGGCGUCGAAACAAACCAUCGUCAAUAUCUACGAUCUCAAAAACAAGUACUUGGGAUUCACCGACAAGUUUGAAGGUGUCUCGCAUAUCGCCAGUGAAUGGGGUUCCAUCUUUAUUUUCACUACCGACGGCAAACUCUAUCAACUCGAGGAGAAAGACACUCAGACCAAGCUGGAAACACUGUUCAAGAAGAAUUUGUAUUCGGUGGCAAUCGAUCUUGCCAAGUCGCAACACUAUGACAACGCGUCGAUCGCCGACAUCUACAGAAAGUACGGUGACCAUCUCUACACCAAAGGCGACUUUGACAAUGCAAUCUCACAGUAUUUGUGUACGAUCGGCAAGUUGGAGCCAUCCUAUGUCAUUCGUAAGUUCUUGGAUGCGCAGCGUAUCCACAAUUUGACGUCGUACUUGCAGGCGUUGCACGAGAAGAAUCUCGCCAACGAAGAUCACACCACUCUGCUGCUCAAUUGCUACACCAAGCUGAAGGACGUCAAGAAGUUGGAUCAAUUCAUCAAGACCGACUCUGAGAUGAACUUUGACGUUGAGACUGCUAUCAAGGUGUGUCGUCAAGCCGGAUACUACGAGCAUGCACUCUACCUCAGUUUGAAACACAACCAACACGAUUGGUACUUGAAGAUACUGUUGGAGGAUAUCAAGGACGACCAGAAAGCACUCGAUUACAUUCAGACACUCUCCUUUGAGGAGGCCGAUAAGAAUAUGAAAAAGUACGGAAAGAUGUUGGUGUCGAACAUCCCAGAAGCAACCACGCGUGCACUGAUGAAGCUGUGCACUGACUACCAGCCAGUCCACUCUGCCGGAAUGUUUGGACACCACUCUUCGGCUUUCGGACAUCAAGACAACGCCGCCGCCAACAACAUGAUUCACAAAGUCGAAGAGUUAAAGUUGACGACCGACAAGGCAGCACCCGAGGAAUUCAUUCACAUCUUUGUAUCACAACCAGAGUGGCUCACCAAGUUUUUAGAAUACACAAUACAACAAGGCAAUGAAACACCUCUGAUAUACAAUACUCUAUUGGAAUUAUAUUUACGUGAAGAUAAAAAGGGUUCAGCUAGCAACAUCACCACCACCACCAGCAGCAGCAACAGUGAAGAAUCGUCCAAUAGAUUAGAGAAAGCAUAUGAAUUCCUUACAAGUCCAAAAUCUAAAUUUGAUGAAGAUCAUGCACUCAUUUUGGCACAAGUACAUAAUUGGAAGAAGGGUAUUUUGUAUUUGUAUGAAAAACUCAAAUUGUACAAUGAAAUCAUAGAGUAUCAUAUGGAGAACGAAGACUUUGACGGUCUAAUUAAAUCAUGCAAGAAAUACGGUGAUCAAGAUCCAAAUCUUUGGGUACAAGUAUUAUCUUAUUUUGCAACACAUCAAAAGAAUUGUCAAAAUGAAAUCACUGAAGUACUUACAAAUAUUGAUAGAGAUAAUUUAAUUCCACCAUUAUUGGUCAUUCAGAUUUUGGCACAAAACAAAUAUACAACUCUACAGGUGAUCAAAGAUUACAUUUCGAGAAGACUUUCUCAAGAGACUCAGCAGAUCGAUAAAGACUAUCAACAGAUUAAACAAUUUGCAGAAGAGACCGAUAAGAUGAGAAAUGAAAUCAAUGAAUUGAAAACAAAUGCUAAAAUAUUCCAACAAACUAAAUGUAUUGCUUGUCAUAGUCCUUUGGAUUUACCAUCGAUUCAUUUCCUCUGUCAACACUCGUUCCAUCAGAGAUGUCUCGGUGACAACGAGAGAGAGUGCCCAUUGUGUGCGCCUGCCAACAAGAGACUGCUAGAGAUCAAGAAAGCUCAAGCUGAUAGUGCCGGUCAACACGAUCAAUUCUUCAAGUUACUCGAGAGUUCACAAGAUGGAUUUUCGACUGUCAGUGAAUACUUUGGUAGAGUCAAGAAUACAGUCACUAAUCAUUCUCAAAAAAUUAAUACUUUAUUGUCAAUACUAUAA